AUGAUGCUGCAGCGAGCGCUGACCAAGAUGCCGGGCGAGUUCGGCCCAAGAAGGGCGCAGCUGCUGCCACUGCUGCCAGGACUGCCGGCCUGGAGUCUGAAGACGAGCCCUCGGCGGCUGCUGCAUCUGGCCCGGCAGCGGGGCGCAGCAGACUGGGCAAGAGGGCUGCUGGGGAAACGGCAACAGCACAGAGGAGCGGCGCAGACUCGGAGGAUUUUGGAUUGGUUCCUUGCAAAGACGCUGCGGGACGAUCUAGCCCCAAAAAGAGUGCAGGUGCUGCUGGCAGGACGGUACUGGGCCUGA